GUGACCUUCAGAUUUAGUGGUAGCUUAAUAUUAUACAACACUACAAAAAAUGGGCUCUAAUUACAGCACUCUUGCCAAUGUGUCUAAGGAUGAGCCACUACAAAGGUUUGUCGGGACUGAUGGAAUACCACCUAACAGCGAAUAUUGGAUGGAAUUUCUGUCUUCGGUUGGCUCAACAACAAAAAGCAGCCCUCUCAUAGAUUUUGAAAAAGCAAAUAAAACUUUGCUCAAGGAUCUUAAGAAAAAUAACCUCCAAUCUCGUAACAUUCCCAACCUCAUUCAAUUUCUCAUAUCAAAGAUGUCAGAAUUAAUAGCCUCACCAGACAUAUGCGAAGAUACGGUACUAAUUGCUCAAAAUGGACUACUUAUUCUGCGUUUGUCGGUGAAAUACUUGAUGGAACACUGCUCUGAAGCUAGAUUUUUCUCUCACUUCUCUGUUAAUUCUCCUGAAGGUCCCCAUUGUUUAUCUGUAAUUGAGUGUUUGUUUCCUGUACUUUUCAGGCUUAUAACCAAUCUGCCUAUCCAAGACAAUACUUACUUGUUGCAUUGCGAAGCUCAUUUGUUGUGUAUAGUGUUUCUCUCUAGACAAAUGUAUAAAGAACUAUCAGCUCCUCUACCACAGGUCUACGUUUCUGUUGUUUGGGGGAAGUGUGCUCCUCUUGCUCCUGCUCUAGUUUACCGAUUAUUGUCUAACUUUUCUGAAAAUCGUCCUGUCCCAACACUAUUACACGGUAUUGAACAAUACAAUUUAAUAUGGCGUGCAGCGGCGUCUAUUGCAGGUAGUUUAGUUACAAUCGUCACAUUUGGUGGUUACUUCAGUCGCACUGCCAAUGGUUCAACAAAAUCAGAUAUACAGAAUAGUCCACAUGUUGCAGUUGUUGAACCAGUAAAAAAUGUUUCUCCAGAUCUUUUAACGUCAGAAUCAACUAUCAAAUCAAACGAACAGUGUCAUCUAUUGUCAAAUGUCAGCUCACUACUUUUAUUAAUACUUACUACUCAGGCUGGAUCUAUUGAGAAGACUAUAUCAACUUAUUCAGAAAAUAAUAUUAAAGAUUCAAAUUCUCUAGGACGAAAUCCUUAUCGAAUUACACUUUUUUCUUUACAAGAUGAAGUUACUCAAAAAAAUCAAGUUGAUUCAAUAAUGGAUACAACUCAUUUGAUACCAAAGUCAACCCCUCGAUUACAGCCAGGUGGUGCUACAUUAAAUGGACAUUUAAAUAUAGUUACUCAACCAUCAUCACCGCAAAUAAAUUUCACUGCAAUCUGUGAUACAGCAGCUUCGACAUUGUCUCAAGACAGUAGUCCACUGUUAUUGUACCUUUUAGUUCAUCGAAAUACAAACUUUCAUUCGUUCAUUAUGCAAGAGCAGGGCUAUGAGAAAGUGCUUCCACCAUUGUUAAAUAUUCUAUAUAAAUCUCAAUCACAUAAUUCACAUCUUGUCUAUAUGGCAUUAAUUCUGUUACUGAUAUUUACGGAGAAUGAACAAUUUGGACGUGAUAUACACACAUCAGAUAUUAAAUGGGUUCAGUGGUCAGCAAAUCGUCGACUUUCGAAUGUUUCAUAUGGAAGCUUAACUGUAUUAGUUCUUUGUCGUACCAUUCAAUACCAUUUGAACCAAUUGAAGGACAAAUACCUUCAUGUUAAUAUUUUGGCAACUCUAGCAAAUCUAUCUCCCCGAAUUACCAAACUUCAUCCUCAUGCGUGCGAUACACUAGUUGGCUUACUGCAAUUAUUGAUCAAGCGUCAUAAUAAAACUGUGGAUAUUUUGCGUAAAAUGUCUGAUGACAACCAAUCACAAUCGGCUGCCGAAAUCACUAAACUUCUAUCAAAUACAUCACUUAUAUCAUCUAGUACAGAGGAAGAAUUGGUUCAAGAGUUAGCCUUACUUGAAGAAGUAAUUCGAAUGCUGUUAGAAAUUAUUAAUUCAAUUCUUACGCAUACGAUGGUAUCGAAUCCAGAUUUAAUUUAUUCUCUAUUGUAUAAAAGGGAUUCAUUUGCAUCACUUCGUUCACAUCCAUCAUUUCAGAAUGUGCUACAAAACAUUGAUAUUGUUUUAACGCAUUUUUCAAAGAAAAUUGAAUCUGAAUUAGGACCUCAACCAACUCAACCACAGGCUGUUAUGCAAGUGAUUAUAAAACAUAUUGGUAAUACUCAAAGAAGUUGCAAUCUGAAAAAAUUCCCAGAUCUGAAAUUUAAAUAUGUAGAAGAAGAAUCUCCAGAUGAAUUUUUCAUACCAUAUGUUUGGUCCGUUGUACGACGUCAGUCAGGCAUACAUUUUAAGUCUGAAUCGUUAUUGUUAUUCUCGGCUGCUUCUCAACACAUUCAAAAUACAACUGAAAACGACGACAUUAGUGAAGACAAUGAUAAUGUUAUGAAUAAUGGCGAAUCAAGUCAUAAACAAGUACUGGUUUAACCAUGUCAAACAAGUUUUUUGAACAACUCUCUUUCUAUGAGUGCUUGCUGCUAAUUCUGUUGUUAAAUAUGUUCCGUAUCAUGUAUUUGAUGAUCAUGAACGUCUUUGGAAUUUUCUCUUUCAGCUUUCUGUGAUCAAUAUCGUGUUUUCGUUUGGAUUUAGUUCCUUUUUUCGUUUUCAAUUUUGUUUCUAGUUACACUGAUUGUCUUUUUUUACGAAUUUGUUUUCAUAUGUUAUUCAAAUAGAAAGUUUUUCCAUAGGAAUUAGUGUCUGAUUUCUACCUUCACCAAAAAAAGGUGUGUCUGCUCACUUUCUAGUAAUUAAUUACUACUUAUUUAUAUGAGAGCGUAAUGCAUUUACUUUGGCUUAGGGUUAUUAACACGGUUACAGUGACAAAUUUUGUUUGGGAAAGUCGAGCCGUUUGAUUAUCAUGACUAUUUCUCUUUACAUUUUGUUCAUGAGUGAAUUAUAAUGAUUACGGACCGUAAUAUUGGAAUCCCUGUUGUGUGCCAAGAAUGAUGAAAGUUACAAAUAAUUUAUAAUAAAAACAAGUUGAGCAGGAAAAUCAGUCAGUCAGUCCCCGGCCGUUGCUGCUACCUUGA